AGUACUCUCAAACCCUUGGCUAAGAAAAGUUCUUGAAACGUUUUCUAAUUUCGAUGUCAAAUUGUCGAUAUUCUGUAUAACCCAUUUUGAGUCAGUUCCGAUGGUUUUCAAGUCGGUCUCAUCCUUCUUGUGGGAGCAAGGAAUUAUGAGGCAUAAUCCGUGAAAAAGAGGCGGUUCAAAGAUUGGAACCACAUGAGCGAUAAAGAUGAUGACGAGGAUCUUGAAAUCAGCAAGCAGAAUAAAUUGGAAGAAUCGGCAAAAAAUGAAACCACCAAGGAAGAGACCAUCGACCCUUCUGGGAUGUCCCUGGGAGGUUUUAAUUCAGGAUCCUUCAGUCCGUCUGGGAAGUCCGAUGGAACUUUGAGUACGAUACCUGGCCCAGAAUCGAACAUUACCUUACCACCGACUCUUCAGGAGCGUUUUUUGCGGAUCAGACAAUUAGUGAAGGAUGCCAUAAGUGCUCAUCAUACAUUCAUGAUCUAUGGGAGAUCCAGGGUGAUACGAGAAUGCAUGCUGCAGAGGGGCUGGUGUGAAAAGUUCUACAGGAAGUUCACAAACGCCGAUCAGUACAUAAAUGCGGAUUCGAGUCCCGUAGCUCUUCUCACUGGCAUUGGAGACCUGAAGGACCAACAAAGUGAGCGUCAAUUGAUCUCAAAACUGUUGACAAAUCACACCGUUGACUUCCUCUGGAACACCGGCUCGGAGUGGCCAGGAUGGCCUUCCCAGGACAACAAAACCACCCUUUUCAAUCGGUUUUCCAGGGCUGGUUUUACCUCCAAGGUCGGCUUGUGCUCAAACGUCAGACAAAUGCACUGGUAUUACGAGCCGGGGGUGGCGAACACUUUAUUUCCGAGGUGCUAUAAUAUAUGCCAGGGUGACCAAAUGCACGCCUUCAUCGAGGACUUCCGGUUCACGGCGUGUCUGAGUCUUCUUAAGUGGCUAGUUGACAAAAUCGAGAACGAGGGAGAAAACGCCACGAGGUCGCCAACAGGAACGAUUCCUCUGAAGGCUUUGGACUUCGCGAUACGAAGGUGCACAGAUUACAUUGGAGCUCAGUCUCACGAAGACAUCGAUCAGGAAGUCGAAAGAGUCUGGUCUCAUCAGUGGGACCAAUUUGUUUCUUGGUAUUACAAAAUUGUCAACGGACAGGCCCACUUCGUCAGGAAUAGUGUACCCUUCCACAAGUACUUUCUGGCUUCUCGACACAUCUUGAAGAAGGUGCGGAAGUACUGGCCACAGCUAGACAUGGACGGGAUCAUGAACAUGUGGAUCCUGAAACCUGGGAACAAAAGUCGUGGCCGCGGUAUAGUCCUGAUGAACAAACUAGAAGAUGUCAUUGCAAGAGUGAAUCCUGCCAAUAAGAUGGACACUCGCUACGUCGUGCAGAAAUACAUCGAACGACCACUGCUAAUUUAUCACACGAAAUUCGACAUUAGACAAUGGUUCAUCGUGACCUGCGCUCAGCCGCUCACUCUAUGGCUGUACAGGGAAAGCUACCUGCGCUUCUGCUCGCAAAAGUUCUGUUUGACCGACUUCCACGAAUCGAUACACCUGUGCAAUCACGCGAUCCAGUGCAAGUACAAGAAUAGCAAUGACAGGGAUCCGGCACUUCCUGUGGACAACAUGUGGGAUGCGACGACUUUUAAGAGCUUCCUGGAAUCUCAAGGUCACGGAGAUGCCUGGGACGAAUUGAUCUAUCCAGGGAUGAGACAAAGUCUGGUGGGCUCGUUGCUGGCAAGCCAGGAGGCUAUGGACAGGCGAAAAAACAGUUUUGAGCUUUAUGGAGCCGAUUUCAUGGUGAUGGAGGACUUCUCCGUGUGGUUGAUCGAGAUCAACAGUCAUCCCGACAUGAGCUACUCCUCCAGCGUUACGACGAGACUAUGUCGCCAAGUCAUGGAGGACACCAUCAAAGUGGUGGUCGAUUAUCGGGAGGACAAGAACGCGGACACGGGGCAGUUCGAGCUGGCUUAUCGGCAGAAGAUGCCGAGUUGUCAGCCUUAUUUAGGAGCGGCAUUGUCUCUUCAAGGGACGCGAAUAAGCGUUGCCGAAAAGCGAAAUCACCUGGGUGGCCCCGGACUCGCCCCUCAGUUGCGCGAUUCGAGGCAAAGCCUCGUAUCGGGCUCCUCGGCGAUGACUGGCCUUCCCAGGAACAAAUCCACUCUACACAGCCAUAUCGGUCCGGUCAUCGUGGACCUUAUCGAGGAGCUCGAGAUCCAGCUGGACCAAGAAUUCUACGCCUACUAUAAAAUGGAAUCCGCGAAACUGCGCCGAGCACUGCCGCCUCCUGUAGCUUCUGAUAAAUGCUCCAGAUCUUCGGAAAAGCUCGCGAAGCCGAAAAAGACCACGACCACCUCUUCAGGAUCCCCAACGUUGAAGACCGAACCGAAGAACGAUUUUCCGACAGAAGGAAAUGACCAAUCCAAGGCCCCUGAGACCUCGCCUGCCGCAAGACCCCCUCAGAGCAGCUCGAACAAAAGCAAGAAUUCCGGAUUCGGAACCAGAAGAAGUGCACCUCGCAAAGCCAGUGGAAGAGUUCGAACUUUCGUUGGAUCUUCCCGAUUGGGCCAAGUUUCUGCACCGGUGCAGCAAAGUCUGAUUUCCAAGAUUCUAGAACUACAGCAACAAUCGACCAGGACGACCGGCAUGUCCAGGGCGGAAAAGCUGGCCCACGUUCGUCAAACCGAGGAAAAGAUUCUAAUCGGCACUGCCCUGAGGGAAGCCGUGGACAGAUACAAGAGGAGCGGCACCGUGUCCGUCCGCUUGCCGAGUCUGCGGACGAUCUGCCUGGACAGGAAGAUGAGGUGUCCCUCCAAGAAAAGGAACGAGAAGGUGAGGAACGUCGUCUCGGUCAACAUCGCCGAAAUUCGCGCCGAAGGACUGAGCCUGAUAGGAUGAGUUUCCUUCCCGAAACCAGGACCUAGGAGAACCCCGUCUUCCAUGGCCUUUCCUCGAAAUACUAACCGAUACUGUUCCCUGUAAAAAGAGGCCACUCCUUAAAACACCAAAAAUGUCCCCUGUAAAAUAUAUCAAAUUUCGAAUGAAAUAUCCUGUACAGGAUCCCCAGAAAGAAAGGAGUUCGCCAUACACUCAGUUUAUUGCGUUUUCUUCUAAUCUGUAUAGAACUAAAAUAGAGGGGAAUACGCUCCCAAACGUUAACAAUUAUUGAGAAAAAUACCAAACCAAAAGUAUCAAAUUUCGAAUGAGAUAUCCUGUACAGGAUCCCCACAAAGAAAGGAGUUCGUCAUAUACUCAGUGUAUUGCGUUUUCUUUUAAUCUGUAUAAAAGGAAAAUAGAGGGAAAUAAGCUUCCAAACAUUAACAAUUAUUGAGAAAAAUACCAAACCAAAAGUAUCAAAUUUUGGAUGAGAUAUCCUGUACAGGAUCCCUACAAAAAAAGGAGUUCGUAAUACAGUCAAUGUAUUACGUUUUAUUUUAAUUUGUAUAAAAGUAAAAUAGAGGGA